AUGUUAUUUGAAGGUCCACUUAGUAAGUGGACAAAUGUUAUUCAUGGUUGGCAAUAUCGAUUUUUUGUUCUUGAUCCUACACAAGGAAUGCUUAUUUAUUAUACAUCCAAAGAAAAUAUGGUCAAAGGUGAACAACGUGGUGUGGUUUUAUUAAAGGAUGCACAUUUAGGUAUUGAUUCAGAAGAUGAUAGUACAUUUACAAUACGAUCAAAUGGUAAAACAUUCCAUUUUCAAGCUCGUGAUGCUGAAGAAAGACAAAAAUGGAUAUCAAAUCUUGAAGACGCUAUUUCUCUUAAUACAUUUAAUACAGAUAAUUUAACACGUUCAAAUAAAACAAUAUUUCAACGUAAAAUUACAGAAGCAGACGCUUAUUUACAAAUAUUAAUUGAUCAAGUUAAUGAAUUAGAACAACUUAGUAAUCAAGUACAAGAUAGUAAAGAACGAGAAUGUUAUAAUCGUGUUGUUUUAUCUGCUAAAAGAUUAAUCGAAGCUGUUAAAUAUUCUAUUUUAUCACUUCAAUUAGCAAAAGUACAUAUGGAUUCACCUAAUGAUACAAAAACUGAUGUUGAUUAUCGAACUUUAUUAUCAGAUAUGAAUAUUAAUAAAGGUGAUGAAAUUCCUAAUAAUGAAAUAUCGUUAAAUAUUGCUCAAACAAUAUUACCAAAUGAAAAAAUAAUUGAAGAUAAUAAUUUAAUUGAAUCUUUAGAUUUUCAUACAGCUGUAAAAACUGUUCGAAAAAAAUUUCCUAUAUCAUCAUAUUCAAGUAGUGAUGAUGAUAAUGAUUUUUAUGAUGCUGAUGAAUCAAUUGAUGCAUCAGUUUUUGCAACAUCUUCAAAUCAACAAAUAGAUGAAAAAAUAACAAUAAAUGAAACAUCGUAA